AUGGAGGUAGAAAAUGAAGCCAGCUGCUCCCCCAGCAGAUCAUCAGUCAGGGCCAGAGAGUACACAGAGGUAAUGCUGGGAGCAGGAGGAGUUGGUAAAAGCAGUGAAACUAUACUGUUUAGCCUCCACAUGUUUCCAGAAGGGCAUGAACCCACACUUGAAGAUGCAUAUAAGACCCAGGUUAGGAUUGACAAUGAGCCCGCUUAUUGGGAUAUCUUGGACACUGCAGGUAAGGCAGAAUUCACAGCCAUGUGGGAGUAGUACAUGUGAGGUAGUGAGGGAUUCACCAUCUGGUACUCUGUCACUGACCAUCAGUCAUUCCAGGAAGCUGCCAAGUUUAAAGAGCUCAUUUUUCAGGUCAGCCACACCUGUGAGAUCCCCCUGGUCCUGGUGGAUAACAAAAUUGAUCUGACAGACUUUCAUCAGGUCUCUAUGGAAGAAGGCUCGAGUCUGUCCCAAGAAUAUAACUGUGGUUUUUUUGAGACCUCUGCAGCCCUCAGAUUCUGCACUGAUGAUGCCUUUCAUGGCUUAGUGAGGGAAAUCCACAAGAAAGAGUCCAUACCAUCCUUGAUGGAAAAGAAACUAAAAGACAGCUUACGGAAGAAGUUAAAAGGCUCAUUGAAUUGUGAUUUUCUCAGGGUUUUUGCCCAGUAA